AUGGGACUUUUAGUUGGUGGAAAAUGGGUUGAUCAAGGCUAUGACACCUCAAAGACUGGAGGAAGAUUCAUUAGAAGUGAUUCUCAGUUCAGGAAUUUUGUUACAAAAGACGGCAGCAGUGGAUUUAGAGGUGACUCAGGCCGAUAUCAUCUCUAUAUUGCCCACAUUUGUCCUUGGGCCCAUCGUACACUUAUUAUGAGAAGUCUUAAAAAUCUAGAAAAUGAUAUAUCAAUUUCAAUAUAGCCCGUUUUUAGCUAUAGAUCGGGCUAUGCCCGAUCUUUGCCGGGAAACUCGGGGGGUUGUCUGCGUCACUUCGAGGUGACGAGUCAACUCCCCAAGUUGGUAAUCACUAUAUGGUGGUAUUUUCCAAACCCGGGGAGUUGACUCGUCACCGAAAAUUGACGCAGACAACUCCUAAAGUGUCCCGGCAAAGAUUGGGCAUAGCCCGAUCUAUAGCCGGGAACGGGCUAUAGUAAAUCCUCAUAUGCUCGAAAAUGGCUGGACUUUUGAGGAAUAUGAAGGAAGCACUCCUGACACUGUAAACAACACCAAAUUCUUAUAUGAGGUUUAUCUAAAAGCCAACCCUGAAUACGAAGGAAGAGUCACUGUACCUGCUCUCUGGGAUAAAGAGACCAAUACAAUCGUUAACAAUGAGUCCUCAGAAAUCAUACUAAUGAUGAACAGCGGAUUCAAUUGUGGAAACGAUCACGAUUUUUAUCCAGAAGAGAAAAAAGCUGAAAUUGACGAAAUUAACGCAUUUGUCUAUGAUAAAAUUAAUAACGGAGUCUAUAAGGCAGGCUUUGCGACUACCCAAGUAGCUUAUGAAGAAGCUGUUAGAGAGCUGUUUAGCGCUUUAGAAAUAGUAGACCAAAGACUUGAAAAUCAUAGAUAUUUAGUUGGGAACACCUUAACUAUAGCUGAUGUCAGGCUUUUUGUAACCCUUAUUAGAUUUGAUGUAGCUUAUGUAGGCAAUUUUAAAUGCAAUUUGAAGAGAAUUGAAGACUUCAGGAAUCUUCCUGAGUAUUUAAGGGAUUUAUAUCAGACUCCAGGGUUUGGAGAGACUGUGAAUUUCGAUCAUAUUAAAAGUGGGUAUUAUAAAAGCUUGAGAUCUAAUAAUCCAACUGGAAUAGUUCCUCUAGGACCAAUUGUGGAUUAUACAAGACCUCAUAAUAGAGAUAGAGUCUAUGAAGCUUAA